AUGGCAAUUCCUGCCGAUAUUCUCGCGGCCGAGGCGGCAGGGAGUAUUCCUAGUGAUGUUUCACUCACCUACCUCGCACAGUCGCGUGAUCACCCUGCUAUCGUAGGCAUCUUGUUCAUUAUCUGCUUUACUGGGGUGAUCCUGAUCGUACGUCUAUAUGCGCGAUUCUUUCUGGUCAAGAAGGUCGGACUCGAUGAUGCAUUGGCCAUUUUGACAUUGGUUUUUUAUAUUAUAUUUGUGGUUCUCUCCAUUGUCCUGAUUAAUAUGGGAAGCGGUCGUCAUAUCGAAUACAUUCAAUAUGUACUACCCAUGUCCACCGUCCGUCAGACUGAAGUCCUCGACUUCGUUGCGCACAUUUUCUACACAACGGCCCUUUUCUUUUGUCGACUCUCUGGUCUGGCCUUCUACUUCCGAAUCACAUCACGCUCAAGUAUCUUAAACAAGAUCAUUAUGGUUGCGGCCCCAUUCCUCUUUGCUGCAUACCUUCCGCAGCUAUUCCUAUUGAUUUUCCACUGCAGACCAGUAACCGGACUCUGGCCUUAUUCCUGGCAGCCCGAACCAAUAAACUAUACGUGUUUGUCGUGGGGCUUGGUGUAUUCAGUCAACUCAGGUAUCUCCUUGGUCUGUGAUGUGAUGAUGUUCGCUAUUCCUGCGAUUCUCAUCAAACAGCUUCAUAUCAGCAUGAGGAAGAAGAUCAAGCUCUCCAUAGUCAUGUUCCCUGGUGUAUUUGUCAUCGUUGUCUCCGCCAUCCGCAUCUGGCUGGUUGUCGAAGGUCAGUGGGCCGCAGAUGGUAGUUGGCCCUACAACCAAAUGUUGUGUGUUGAAAAUGCCGAGAUUGCCAGCUCGCUCAUUGCCCUCUCUGUGCCCGCCCUGAAGCCCGCGUUUGGAAACAUGUUCAAUCACAUGACAGAGUACACCGAAAGCCGCACUCGCUCUCAGUCUGUCGGCAGACUGCGAACUCAUCAAUCCCGGAUCGUGACUAACACCUUGAGCUCGGCUACUCGCGACGAUAAGCGGUUGAUUGAUUGGUCGAAUAUUGGCGGUAAUGAGUAUGAGAUGACGGCCCCGGAAGCUUCCCAUCAUCCAGAUGACCGUCGACCACGCUCAAAAUCGGAAGGCAUCAAGGUGACAAAUGAGGUUAAUAUCGAGAGUGUGGAUGAUCUCUCUCAAUCACCAACACCAGGAAGCCCUUCUUUGCAUGCGUCACUUGGUACAAAAAGCUUGUAG